AUUUGUGACUCACUACCUCUACAUUGUCCCAUUCUCUCUCUCUAAACUCCCUCAUUUUCCUCCCUAUACAUUUCUCUCCCUUCCAAGGGAAGACAAUGCUAUAACUGCUUCAGCUUGUUGGAGAAGACACAAAGUGUGUUUGGUGCUUCAUAUCUUGAUGAUCCAAGGCUGAAUCUUCCUCCAAGCACCACUCCCCACUCUCCACCACCAACAAUGGCUGUCACCACCCCCUAUUUCAAUCCUACAGAGAAAAAACACUGGUGGCUCACCAAUCGUAAGCUUGUUGAGAAAUAUAUCAGAGAGGCACGCAGCCUCAUCGCGACGCAGGAACAUAGCGAGAUCACUUCAGCUGUGAGCCUUCUAGACGCGGCUUUGGCGAUCUCUCCGCGGCUAGACCAAGCGCUUGAGCUCAGAGCGAGGUCUCUGCUCUUCCUGCGGCGGUUCAAGGAUGUCGCCGACAUGCUUCAAGACUAUAUUCCCAGCCUCAAGAUGGCGAUGGCAGCGAGUGAUGACUCAGGCUCUGUUUCUUCUGAAGUUUCUUCGUCUCAGCAGCUUUCUAGAGAAGGUGUGAAGCUUCUUUCUUCAUCAACAUCGGAUUCCUCUGUUCAGGAACAGAGUUUCAAGUGCUUCUCUGUUUCUGAUUUGAAGAAAAGAGUCAUGGCUGGGCUCUGUAAAAGUUUUGAUAAAGAAGGGUAUUGGAGAUACUUGGUUUUGGGCAAAGCAUGCUGCCACUUAGGCCUAAUGGAGGAUGCAAUGGUUCUACUACAAACCGGAAAACGCCUAGCAAGUGCGGCGUUCCGCCGCGAGAGCGUGUGCUGGUCGGACGACAGCUUCUCACUCUGGACCACCACACCGUUCUCCGGCGACUCCACCACCGCAGCCACCACCCCACCCCGCGCCCCUCUAACAGAGUCCGAAUCCGUCACACAACUCCUAGCCCACAUCAAGUUCCUCCUCCGCCGCCGCGCCGCCGCAAUGGCCGCCCUCGACGCAGGCCUCCACUCGGAGGCCAUCCGACACUUCUCAAAAAUCCUCGACGGCCGCCGCGGCGCUCCACAAGGCUUCCUCGCCGAGUGCUACCUUCACAGAGCCACCGCAUUCCGCUCUGCAGGCCGAAUCGCCGACUCAAUCGCCGAUUGCAACCGAACCUUAGCACUGGACCCAGCCUGCAUCCAAGCACUCGAAGCCAGAGCUUCCCUUCUCGAAUCAAUUCGCUGCUACCCAGAUUGCUUGCACGACCUCGAGCAUCUCAAGCUUCUCUACAACUCCAUCUUACGUGACAGAAAACUCGCCGGCCCUAUCUGGAAGCGGCACAACAUCCGCUACGGCGAGAUUCCGGGGAAGCUCUGCACCCUCGCCGUGAAAUCUCAACAACUAAAGCAGAGAGUCGCUGCUGGAGAAACCAGAAACGUUGACUACCACGCUCUGAUCGGGUUACGACGCGGGUGUGGGAAAUCAGAGUUGCAGAGAGCUCAUCUGUUACUCUGUUUGAAGCACAAGCCGGACAAAUCCACCGGGUUCAUCGAACGGUGCGAGCUAGCCGAUGAACGUGACCUUGAAUCGGUUAGAGACAGGGCGAGGAUGUCAGCGUUGUUGCUGUAUAGAUUGAUUCAGAAGGGUUAUAGCAGUGUGAAUGGUGUGAUUGUGGAGGAAGAGAAUGCUGAGAAACAGAGGAAGAUGAAUGUGGUGCAAAAAACAGCAAAUGCUGUGGUUCAAGUGCAACAUAAGAUUCAGAUGAAAACAGAUGAAGUGAAGAUUGAUGAUUAUAAUGGUAAUAAGCCUGAUAAGUUGGUAUAUGAGUCAAGGAAAUGUGCUGCUUCUUCACCUUCGAUUGUGAAUCCCUCUGCUUUUCAAGGUGUGUUUUGCCGUGAUAUUGCGGUGGUUGGGAAUCUGCUUUCGCAGGGGAGGUUCAAUAGGUCGAUUCCGGUGAAGUAUGAGGCAUUGACUUGCUGAUUCUUGGGAUGAUUUUGCCGGCGGGAAACAAGAAAAAAAGAAUGAAAGCUAGUACUGUACAAAUGGAUAAUUUUUGAAAGUGCCGGGAAAUUUUGUUGACCUUCAAAGUUAUAUUUUGCUUUCAUGUUCAUCAUCUAUUAGAUGUACAGAAGAAUAUCAGUCUCUGCGUUUGGAAUA